AACAAAUGAAGUAGCAGUGAUGAAAAGGUGCGGUAGACUCGGAUCCUGUCUCCCCAAGAACAAAGUUCCAAAUUUAUCCAUUCAUCUAGCUUUAUAAUUUUAAGCCCCCCAACAAAAGAGAAAAAAAAUCUCUCUUUCUCCUUUUCUUUCUCUGUCUGUAAGAUUUUCUUGGUUUCAAAACCUAGGGGGAGGGUUGUAGAAGUAGCAGGAAAUGAGUGAACACCACCACCAGUACGGACUGCCAGAUCUCCGGCAACUGGUGGCCGGAAGAGCUCAUUUUCAAGGAACCCAGCAAGGUAACGAGCCAUUCUUUGUUCAAAGUAGGAAUCUUGUACCACAAACACACCACUUUGAGUCCAUUAUGGUUGGUCAUGAAGCAAUGUUGCCUAGUGGUUUAGUCAAGCUUGGCGGGCGUCAUCAUGAUCAUUAUUGCACCAAUGCCACUAAUAUUAUUACUAAUAAUACUAUAACUAGUGCUACAAUUGGGACUAGCAGUUCAGCUGGUGCUGGUACACUAUACGGAGUAGAAAUGGAAAAUGCUACUGCUGCUGGGUGGAUUGGAAAUGAUGGAGGCAAUAAUAGUAGAUGGCCAAGACAAGAGACUCUUACACUUCUUGAGAUCAGAUCUAGGCUCGAUUCCAGGUUCAAGGAGGCUAAUCAAAAAGGUCCAUUAUGGGAUGAGGUUUCUAGGAUCAUGGCCGAGGAACAUGGGUAUCAGAGAAGUGGCAAGAAAUGUAGAGAGAAGUUUGAGAACUUGUACAAGUACUACAAGAAGACCAAGGAAGGUAAAGCUGGGAGACAAGAUGGGAAGCACUACAGGUUCUUUAGACAGCUUGAAGCCCUUUAUGGAGAACCCAGCAACCAAGCUCCAGCCUCGGAAACCCAUUUUGCAAACAACACUCUUCUUUAUCAAACUCCAUUGAGCAACACCAUCAACCAAGAAAGUCAAGAAACAUUUCAAGAAAACAAGCAUAGUGAAAGUCUGAGUUUCUCCAACACGUCUGAAUUUGAGACUUCCUCGUCAGAAAACAAUGAUGAUGACCUUUCAGCUAUUGCUUACAACAUGAUGAACCGAUCAACGGAAAAGCAGAAAGGGGUAAAUGAGAGUCAAAGUCUUGCAGGGCCUAAAAAGAGUUGGAGAACAAAAGUUGAGGACUUUGUGGACUCACAGAUGAGGAAGUUGAUGGAGAAACAAGAUGCCUGGAUGGAGAAAAUGUUGAAGACCAUUGAAGAUAGAGAGUAUGAGAGAAUGUGUAGAGAGGAAGAGUGGACAAAGCAAGAGUUGGCUCGGUUCGAUCGGGAACAUGAAUUUUGGGCUAAAGAGAGAGCAUGGAUUGAAUCUAGAGAUACUGCAUUAAUGGAAGCCUUGAAGAAACAUGCAGAGAAAGGAUCGGGACUGUCAUCGUCAGUUGAGCAUAUUGCAGUAGCAACUCAAAGGCACAACAACAACCAGGACAGCACUAGUGCUAAAAAGAUUCAGAAAGACAAGUUCAACAACAUUAUAUGGACCGAGCCCGAGAUUCUAAGCUUCAUACAGCUCAGGACUUCCAUGGAAUCAAGAUUUCAAGAAAGUGGGUAUUCGAAUGAAGGACUUUGGGAAGAGAUAGCAGAAGAAAUGGCUAGUUUAGGCUAUGAUAGGAGUGUGGACGAGUGCAAGGAGAAAUGGGAAAGCAUGAAUAUCUACCUUAACAUGACAACAGAGUCUAACAAGAAGCGGAAAGAUCAGGAUUUAAGGACCAACGAUUAUUUUCAGCUGCUUGAAUCCUAUAAUGGCAUGAAUUCAUCACCUUCUAAUUCUUAUUUGGGUACUCAAGUGAAUGAUAACAGCUGCUUUCAGGUUCAAAUAAAUGAAGGAGAUCAGCAGCAGCAUUUGUGGAAUACUAACAAGUUUGACUUGAAGCUCAACAAGGAGAAGAACCAGCAAGUUUGGCACAAGUAAUUAAUAAUUAAUUAGAUGAUAUUUUCAGUUGUUUUUCUUUAAUUAGUUCUAUAGAUGUCAAUUAACUUGUUAAUCAUGAGACUUAAGGUGGUAGCUAUUGCCAUAUUGUGUGACAUUUGGGGAUGAGAGGUUGUUCAUUUGUGUAAGUAAGAACUGACUAGGGAGUUUAUUAGACCAUGAAAUCCAUGUCUUUCGUGGCCAGAACAUAAAGGCCUGAGGGUUUUUACUAAAAACAAAAUAGAUGGUUUUUUUUAUA